UUUAUAAAUUUACGAGUAAAAUGCGGAAAUGAUAAUUAUUAAUUACAUAAUAUUAUGUCAUAUCUUAUAAAACAAAUGUAUGGAAUUUAAAAAUGUUAUUUCAUUACGAAGAUAUGAAAAAUGAUACGAGGUCUAAGAUAUUUUGAUUCAAAUUAUUAUUUAUAACAUAUUAGAUAAUGGUGGUGGGGUUCUGGGAGGCGAGUAGGAUCGAGUCUCAUAAUAUAAAUACGGUCUUCAUACCAAAUAGUUUUUGUUGGACGAGCAUUCUUCCUCUGUGAUCGUCACUGCAAUUUUCAGGCUAUUGUGAAUCAGAAUUCGGACGACCAUCGACCCUACAGCCUACUGUAGUUAUAACAAAAAUAAUUAAAAAUUCACAAUCAACCGGUACCCAGCAGUUCGUUAAAUUUUUAACCAGCACGGAGCGAGAAGACAAAAUAAUAGGUACGUUUAUAAAAAUUAUACUCAUGUAAUAUGUCAAAGACCACGAUUUUUCAUGAAAUUAUUAUGACACUUAGUGCCUUAGUUCCGUAAAAUGAACCGUAGAUGCUAUUAUUGUAUCUACAUAAUAACGGCUACAGGCUUCCAUAUGGUCGUCCGAAUUUUGAUUUACAAUAGCCUGAAAAUUGCAGUGCGACCACAGAGGAAAAAUAGGCUUCGGCAAUCACCGCGGUAUCCGAGACUAUUUGGGCAUGAACUGCAAUGUUGGAUAAGAGCAGUUAACUAAAUAUCAAGUAAAGUACAAGGAAAUAUGUCGUCAAAUGACUAAAAAAUUGAACUUUUAUCGUCCAGAUAACGCUCAUUACAAUCGCAUUAUUAUAGAUGGGUGAAUAAAUGCCGCUGAUAUGUACCUAUGUGUAAAAUUAUAUUUAAAUGUCCGUCAGCCUAUAUAUUAUUAUUAGUCGUGUGGUGGUCAUGCAACAGGUCACCGCAAAUAUCGCACACCGACUCUCCGUUCAGCCCGAGCCAGACGAGACCAGCUGAAGACCCGACAGUGCCGUACUAACCGACUACCGGCAACCGCCGCAACAGCAGUAGACCCACCGCCACCGACCAGCUGCACCACUAUCUCGAGUACCCGAAGAGUGACUGCAUGUUCUGCGGCGGCGAAGGUAUCUUACCGCCCCGGCGGCAACUGCAGCCGCCGAUUCAUGUCGAACCAUGUCGCUGGUUUUGCUGUUGGCCGGUUUCCAUGUACACGUUCGUUUGCUACAGGUGGUCUCAACUAUACCUGCCCGUCAUUCUCCGGAAGCGGUGGAGUCAUUCCGACUCCGAUGUUUCUAUGUGGUUCGAAGCGGCCAAAGUCAAACACUGACACUGCAGCGGCAAAGCAAAACAAAAAAAAAAAUUGUGUCACACAUAGAAAGAAUAAAUAUAUUUUAAAUAUUAUUUGAUUUCUAGUAAAUACUAAUAUAAUUAACGUUCAAUGAACAUUUUAAGUCUCUAAAAGUUACUCAUUUUCAAAUUAAAAAAAAAACUUGUUAUACUAUAUCGCCGGUUGGGCGAUGUGGCGACGACGUCGGGUUCACGUGUGUUAGCACUUGUGCUUGGAGAUCGUUUCCCCGUGCUGGCGGACGGCAUACGGGUAUUGCGGACACGUCUUGAACGGUCUUCUCAGGUGUGUGUACAUUUGGGCCUGAUCAGUUCGUCUAACCGCGAGAACAAUUUUCCGAUUGACGCCCGUGUACCUAGUGAGCAUUAAUUCUUUGCACCCGAAUGACCAUGCAGUUGCAUACCUCGCACUGGUACGCCUUGGCUGACGUCUUCAUGGUCAAGCCAAGGAAAUUUGUGUGGUGGGCGUCGGUACGUGUAUACCAUGGACCCGGUAAACAUGUCUUCGUGGACAGGUCGAGUGGCGAGUCUUGGGGCGGUUGUUCGAACGUGUAAGAUAUGGAACCGGCCAACAGCAAUACCAUUGACAUGGGAGUGAUGGUCGGCUGUUUCGGGUGCUGCUCCUGCUCCUGCUAUACGGUGGGUGAGUUAGCAUCGACGCAGUGGUUGCCGGGGCGGUGAGGGACCUAACCACACCAGUGGCGCCUGCAACAGCCACCCGUCAAGCCCAUGUCACUGGCAUUGCUGAUGGGCGGUUCCAUAUUGUACACGUUCGAACAACCACCCCGAGACUCGUCACUCGACCUAUCCGCUUGUGGAGGUCGGAAAGCCGUCCGGUACAACCUGGAAGUACCGCUCGUGGUCGAGGACAUGCCCGUCGGCUCGGCCAAGGCGUAUAUACCCGUGUGAGGCGUACAACUGGUCGUUCGCGCGCAGAGAGAUAAAGAGUGUGGAAAAUCGCGUUCACGGUCCGACGACCCAAUCAGACACCAGCGGCGGACACACACCGGAGAAAAUCAUUCGGGUGUCCGCAAUGCCCGUACGCCGCGUGCCGCCGGCACACGAUCUUCAAGCACGCAUGCGUGCAAGCACUAUAUCACAUGAACCCGUAGGUCGAACUGGGCCGAUAAUAAUAUAACAAGAUUAUUUUAUUGUUAACUCGAAAAUGAGUGACUGUACUUUACUUAGCUAGACAUAAUAUAUAGUAAAAAUAUUAUCAAAUCAUUGUAAAACCAUUGUAAAAUGAAUAGUAAUAUUAUAGUAAACUUUACCGAAAUAUUGCCAAAUAAUUUCAAAACAUUACAGAAACGUUCUUCACAAACUUUUUUUGGCCACAUAAUUAAGGAUAGGCACGUAAUUUUUUGCUUGUGAACGUGCCUGAUUAAGGUUAUUAUAAACUUAUAUUAGUAAUGCUAUAACAUCAUUAUCUAAAUUAAAUCAAUUUAAUAUUAUAUUAAGUAAAACUAUAUUAUGAUAAUAUUAUUGGAUAUAAUUAUUAAUACAUUAUUAAAACUAUACAACCGUUGCAUUCAAACCGAACAUUUUUAUAGAUUUCGGGAGUGUAAGAAUGAUGUAAUGUCAAUAGAUAUUAAAUAAUACAUUAUUGACUGAUACAAUUAUGUAUAAAUCAGGAUUUUCUACUUAAAGGAUUGAAUACUAAUAUAUAUCUAUUAUAACUAUUAUUUUUCUAGAAACCAACUACACUUUUUUCAUUUCAGAAAAUGUUAAUUAUAAAUGCAUAUUCUGAUUAUUAUUUGUGACUGUGAGUAAAAUGUUUCAAAUAUUUUCAAAUGUAAAUGAGCGAGGAUUGUUAAAAGGUAUCAAUACAUUUUGUGAUAAAGCGUCAAAUAAUAUUUAAUCAUUUUAGGGCCGUUCUUACAAUGUCUGGUACUCUGGUAAAAGUUAACCAACACUUUACCGGACAUUGUAAGAACGGCCGUUAGUCGAUUUUUUUUCUAAUUCCUUAAAAUAUCAUGCAGUACUUAUCUAACGUGUAGAUACUUUACGAUUGUUUUUUUUAUAUAGCUUAAGAAAGUUCAACCACCACUAUACGGGACUCAAGCAGCGCGACCGGGUUGACUCUCCCACCGAGCCGGUAAGACAAACGGUCGGCGGAAAAAGCCGGUCGGAGAUUCGAGAUCCAUCAUCGGACCGUCGGAUGUUAUAUAAAACAAAAUAAUUGUAUCUUUAGAAACCGGCAUUCUGUGUGACAGAAAACUUGGAAGACGACAAGCUGUAUCAUCUAGACCAGAUAUCAAUUAUGAAAUGUAUAAUUGCUCAAAUGGAGAACCUAUCUUAUGGACUUCACAUUGUGAUGGUUUUGAGGAUUGUUCAGAUGGUUCAGAUGAGACCAAAGAGUUGUGUGCUCUAUACGAGUUUGAAACAAAUAUGAACAUGGAUUGUGGUAGAGUACGUAAUAAUAUGAAAAAUCAAGUAACACCUGAUGUAGCUCAUCAAUCAAUUACUGAAUUAGCACCUUGGACAGUUGGUGUGUAUGGAACGAUGGAAAAAUCCAAAUUUCUUUUUCUUCAACCUGGAUCGAUAAUUGCUCCAAAUAUAGUUAUUACUUGGGGUUUUGAUUUCGUGCAUAGAUACGGUAUAAAAUCUAAGCAAUUUCCAAUAAACGAUGGUCGAUUCAAAGUUGGUUCUAUAAUAGACUUUAUGGUAACAAUGAUUUACUUGACUGUGAAGGAUAUAUUGGUCAUAUUGGUAUCGAUGAUGCGUUCCAAACUAUAGCAGUUAUUGUGUUAGCAAACAAACUUCCAUUAAGUAAUGGAUUUACGCCUAUUUGUAUCGAUUGAUUUAGUAAAUAUGAUAUACGGAAGGGAAUCGA